CGUGGUCCUCUGCCUUCCCUCCCAGUCGACACCCAAGCCCCGACACGGAAGCACGUUCGUUUUCCCAGCGUGCCGUCGUCGGUGUGCGUGUUUCGCGAGCGCGUUGUGUGUGCGCGAGUCACUGCGAUGACCGUCAGUGAGCGAGGUGAUCAUGUAAGCGUGCGGCGUGCCGGGCGGCGUGCCGGGGGCCCCUAGAGGGACCCUCGCCAUGCAUGUGCCGGACACGGGCACGGCAGGCGCGGGCGUCGCCGCCGCCUCCAAGCUGUACGCGGACUGCUCCCCCGCGCUGUGCCGGUCCGUGUCCGCGGUGGACAGCGGCUACAACGACCGCGACUUCGACGACGAUGGCGCCAGCAGCGUCUUCAGCGACUCGAGCUGCAGCAUCGUGUCCGAGGCCAAGGACCUGGUGCACCGCGCCAACGACAAUGCCGCCACCGUGGCCUUCGAGGGCAACAUCGUGGUGGAGAACUCGACCCAGGUGCAGUUCGGCAACAACACGCACUACCACGGCCCCGUCACCGUGCUGCUCAACUCCAACAAGUGCAUCACGAACGGUUCCGUCGCUCCGGCGACCCCGGAGAUCCUGUCCUCCGCCAUGCAGGACGCGGCCCUGCCCGCCCAGCGGGCCCCAGAGCCCGCGUCCCCGCCGACGGCCAACGCCGAUGUCCCUCCGAAGGCCGCCGCCAAGCAGGGACCGGGCCGAGUGCUGUCGCUGCUGUCGCUGUCCAGGCGGCGCUGCGUCGCGCUGACCGCGGCCACGUCGGCCACCCUCGUCGUCGUGGUGCUGCUGUGCGUCUUGCUGCCCGCCGGCAAGCUCGGCGGUCCAAAGAUCGCUCCGGUGGCCCUCCCGAACGGCCUCACCCUGGUGCAGAGGCACGAGUGGCUGGCGCAGCCCGCCAAGCCCGGCGUGGACCCCGUCACCGCCUCCCCCGUGCAGUACGUCAUCCUGCACCACUCCGCCACCGACACUUGCUACAGCUUCCCCGAGUGCGUCCUCAGGAUCCGCUACCUCCAGACGUUCCACAUGGAGAGCAAGAACUGGUCGGACAUCGCGUACAACUUCCUGGUGGGCGGCGACGGCUACGUGUACGUGGGCCGCGGCUGGGACAAGGCCGGCGCGCACACCCUCAACUGGAACCACCGGUCCGUGGGCAUCAGCCUGGUGGGCACCUUCUCCUACCAGAAGCCCACCAUGGAGCAGAUGCGCGCCGUGUUCAAGCUCAUCGGCUACGGCGUCGAGCUCAACAAGGUGGUGCCCGACUACAAGCUGGCCGCGGUGUGCCAGUUCAGGAGCACCGAGAGCCCCGGCAAGUUCGUGCUGGACGAGAUGAGGAAGUCGGACCACUGGUGGAACUACACGGUGGGGGACUCGUACUGCAAGUGAUGUGCCAUCCAUCGGGCGCUCCAAUCAACAGUGCCGGAUCCAGAGUCGGCCUAAGGGGGCGGUGCGGCCAAGCGGUUCUUUUUGCCUACUUACAGGGGCAAGGUGUUGCUUUUUGCCUGCCUUUCAGGCUGCCAUGAAGGGGCUCCCCAUUUUUUGGAUCCGCGCUUGCCAAUGAAUGGCCUGCUUCCGGCAUGACGUCCACUGUGACUUAUUUAAGGACUCGACACUCCAGGCUGUGAUAUUCAUAGUUUCGAAGAAGGAAAAGACUGCAGCUCGCAUGAGCAGUGUGACAAAGAUGCGGACACAUGGGUCGAGGAAUACUCAAAAUCCCCAACGGCCUCUAUCUCUGUAUGUGCGAGAAGUGGAAGGAAGUCUUGCCCUGAAUCCCGUUGCAGAGAUAAAUGACUACAAUCGCAUUGAUACAAAUUGUAAUUCAAUAGACGACUUGAGCUAGGCGAAAGAGGAGGAAGAAAAUACCUUCCCGAACAUGGCGGCCGGCCGCCGUCGGCUGCUAGGACCAAUGAGGGGCCGGCCGCCAUGUUCGGGAAGGUAUUUUCUUCUUCUUCUUGCGCCUAGCUCAAGUCGUCUAUUUCCCUGUAAAUUUAUCAAUUUUUUCGUGUAUCUUUUUUUUAAAAAAUAUUUGUACACAAUAAAUACCAAUAAAUGAGUCGACUCGAA